GUCUCUCUCUAAGCUGGAAAAGGUAUUUUCUUCAAAUAUACUCAGAUUUGAAUACUUGUCUACUAUAACAGCCAUGUCCCCUAAAACCUACAACGUGGAAACCCUGUUGGUGUACUCGCCAAGCGGCGACCAAUACAACGCCUCCGUUGCGCCGUUGUACCAGUCCGCCACUUUUAAACAGCCAUCCUUGACCAAUAUGGGCGAAUAUGACUACACCAGAUCCGGAAACCCAACUAGAACGGUCCUCCAGAACCACCUCGCGAAAAUCAUGAAGGCAGAGCAGGUGUACGCCGUGACCAGCGGAAUGGGUGCCGGCGACGUCAUCACCAGAUUGUUGAGUCCCGGCGAUGAAGUAAUUGCUGGCGAUGACUUAUACGGCGGCACGCACCGCUUGUUGACGUCGUUGAACAAGAGCGGCCAUCUCAAGGUGCACCACCACGACACCACUGACACGGAGUUGAUCAAAUCGAAGAUCAACACCAACAUCAAGAUGAUCUUUUUGGAGUCACCAACCAACCCGUUGAUCAAGGUCAUCGACAUCAGGGCUAUCACUGAGCACGCCCACCGGGUUGCCCCAGACUGCUUGGUUGUCUUUGAUAACACCAUGAUGUCGCCAGUCAACAUGACCCCCUUGGACUUGGGCGUCGAUAUCCAGUACGAGUCUGCCACCAAGUACUUGAACGGGCACCACGACAUCAUGGCCGGAGUUAUUGCCGUGCGCAACCCAAAGUUGGCUGAGAGAAUAUACUUUGUCAUCAAUUCCACCGGCUGCGGCUUGUCCCCAUUCGAUUGCUGGUUGUUGUCGCGUGGCUUGAGAACCCUUGCUCUUAGGGUCGAGAGACAGCAGGAGAACGCAGUCAAAAUCGCCACCUGGUUGGAGGAUAUCGGCUUUGCGGUCAGGUACCCGGGCUUGAAGUCCCAUCCGCAGUACGACUUGCACAAGUCAUUGUGCAAGGGAUCCGGUGGAGUGCUUUCGUUUGAAACCGGCUCGACCAAGUUGAGCGCGGGUAUCUGCGAGUCAACCGAAAUCUUUGGGAUUGCCGUUUCCUUUGGUUGUGUCAACUCCUUGAUCUCCAUGCCGUGCAUGAUGUCGCAUGCCUCUAUCGAUGCCCAGACCAGAGCCGAGAGACAGUUCCCAGAGGACUUGAUCAGAUUGUGCGUGGGGAUCGAAAACAUCAGUGACCUCUUGGACGAUUUGAAGACCGCUUUAGUAAAGGCUGGCGCGAUCAAGCAGGUUGGUGAGAAAUAUAUCAGAAUCACUUCCGCGAAGUUGUAGCACCGACCCACUAUAUUCCCACUUUUCCAUUUAUUUCCAUUUCCAUUUUAUCCUUCGAUUCUUUAUGACGCAUAUCUGUCGCAUAUGUUUUUGUUUUUGCCGUUAUUAGUUUCCUCUAAAAACUUAAAAGCGGAUUUACAUGAUGAAUGUUUUGCAUAUGUUUUUGUUUUUGUUGCUAUUAGUUUUCCAAACUUAAAAGCAAACGGUCCUGGAUAGAAAGAAAGUUGCUUUGUUACGUCGUCA